AUGACGACUAUUGAGAACUUUACAUGUGUUUUCUGCAGCGAAACUUUUCAUGAUAAAGAAUUACUUCAAGAACAUUUUAGAAAACAUGGUGAUAAGGACUUUGAUAAAAAUGCAAGAAGUAAGAUCAAAACUCAAUAUGAAGUGUCUACUUCAACGGAGAAAAGUGAGGACAGUGAACUUGUUGGUUGUGAUGUGUGUGAAGAAAUGUUUCCUACUAUAUCCAAAGCGAUAACACAUAAACAUAAAGUGCAUCCGGACCAUGAUGCUAAAUAUUUCUGCCCAUGGUGUGGCAAACUUUUUACUAUGAAGCAUUUAUACAAUAAACAUAUCCAGAGCACCCACAAAGACGAAGGGAAUACUGACAUAAAAGGUUUUCACUGUGACUGUUGUGGUAUUGAUUUCUAUAAUCCAUCUGCCAUGUUGCACCACAACAAAUUUUUUCAUAGACAAGAUAUUGAUGACCAUUCAUUGGGAUCAUCUAAGAAGGUUAAAUUAUAUAACCAGGAGAUGGUAGUGAUUCUAUACUGUCCAUUUUGUGGCGAAGAGUACAAUAAUAAGGUUAAUUUACAUAAACAUAUGGAAGAUGAUCAUAGUGAUGAAAAUCAAUCUCCGGAGGAUGUACUCCGCUGUCCAUUGUGUGAAGCAUAUUUCUACCACUUAGAUGCAUAUGAGUUACAUCUCACUUUUCAUUCAACUGACGAUGUUUACAAUGAACCCAAUGAAAUGAUCAGUGAAAUAACUGAAUUUUCCUUAGAUGCUGUUCCUCCCCUUAUGGAGAAAAUCCAAGAAGCUAACUACAACUCUAUCGACAGUUUCCUUGAAGUAGUUCAAAAUGAACCAACAGAAUAUGAGAAUAAGGUUAAACAAAAGAAACACAAAAAGCAUAAGAAAUCUAAGAAAGAAACUAUUACAUUGGACGAAUUUUUAAAUAUGAAUAAAGAUGUUUUUGGGGAUGGUUUAAAUGUACAAGGUAUUGAAGAAGUUCCUACUCAAAUGGUGUUACAGAGAAAGUUUAAAGGUAAAAAAUCGGACGGCCAGUCAGCUGGUGAUGCAAAAACGGUGAAGCAAGAUCUAGCCAAACUAAAGAAGCAAGGCAUUAUAGUAAAGGCUAAAUCUAGCCAAGACUUGCCUAAAUUUAAAGUUCUUAAGAAUAUCCCUGAAGUAAAUAACAAGAUACAGGAAGUAUGUAAAGAUCCUAAUGAUGUUAUAUCAAAAUUAAUGAGCCAGGGAAAUAGUCAAAUCAAAAUAGUCAGAAAAUUGGUAAAGAAAACAGAUGAAAACAAGUCAGAGAGCUAUCAGUCCAAUAAAAUAGAUUCUUCCUCUGAUUAUGAUACAAAUAACACAGCAGAUGUAGAAGAUAAUACAUAUUUGGAAAAUAAUAAUCAAGAAGCUGAUGAAAACACAAUUCCUGCAGGAGUUACAGAAGAUAAGGAUAAUGCAUCAGAGAAUGAUAAAAAUAUCAACAAAUUUGCGGAUAUUGAUGAUGAAAAAGAGAGUAAAAUAAAUAUAACCCAGGAAGAUUCCUCUACCUUAAAAACAAUUCAUAACCUUGGUGAAGCAAUAACUAUCAAAUCCCUAUCACAAAUUAACUGCAAUAAAAAUGAUAACACAGAAACAGAGUCUCCUUUAAAUACCGAAAAUAUUGAAAACGAAGUAAUGAAUCACGAUACCUUUGAGGAAAAUGAACCAUCGAUUUCUUCGGAAAAUCAAACAGACGGCAACACAUCGCAGCUUUCAAGCCUAAAUGAAGAAAUAGUUGUAGAUCCCAUCGCAAAAAAUAAUGCAGAAUCUCCUUUGUUUCAAAGAAUAGAAAGUGAAAAUAAAGACAUUAUUAAAACACCGAGCGACGUGCCUCUACAAACGUUAAAAGGGGUAAGUGAGCAUGUAACUGUUAAAAAAGUUGCCAACUCAACUUGUUCUUCACCUUCACAUUCAAGUGAAGAAGUACAUAAUGAAGAAUUUGAUGAUGAAAAUAAUAUGGCACAGAAUUCUCCAUGUGAUGAAAGUGCUACUUCUAACAAUGAAGAAACACAAAAAGAUGUUACAAAUAGUAAUACCUCUGCUUCUAAAGCAUGCCAUGCGGAUCUUUUAAAACGAUUAACUAGUGUUACUGCAAAACCUAUCUCUAUAAAAAAUUCACAGUCUCCAAAUACGGGAAAUAUAGAGAAAGAUGUUCAGACUGAUAUUAGAAAAGAAUUAGAAGAUCCAAAACCCAUAAAUUCAUCAUUGCAGAGUAAUACAGAUAUUUUAAAAAGAUUAAAACAUGUUACUGCAAAACCCGUAUCAUCUAAACCAAUAAACAAACCAGUUGCUCACAUACCUAAAAGAGAACCCAUUAAGAGUGUGAUAGAAAAUGAAGUAGAGGUCUUUCACAUUGACGAUUCUGACAGUGACGCUGAUGGCGAUACCGCUAAAAAUCAUGAACACAAGGUUACACAACCAUUGCAGAAGGUAAAAAAAUUGCCAACGAAAAAACCUACAACUCCACCACCGCUACGUAGUUUGAAUAAAAAUAUCACAGUAAAAUCAAUGAGUCAUACAAGUUCUAACUACACCGAGGUACAAUCAAACAAUGGCCAGACUGAAAUCAAGAAAUCGUCCGUUAAUCGUUCAUUCCAAUCCAAAAAUGUCAGCAUAACACAAAGUAACAGACUAUUGGAGGAGCAAAAAAAUCUUCAAAAGACUAUUAGCCAUCUCCGACGUCAUGUAAGUAUAAAACCAAAAAAUACGCCAACUGUUAGUCAUGAACCAUCACACGAUGAUCACGAUGUUGAUAAUAUUGAACAAGGAUUUGAAGACGAAGAAUAUGACUCGGAUCCUGGUGAAAAAGUGAAGAUAACGGAACUUGAAGACAAUAAAAGCGAUAAUGACCAUCAAGCGAGUGAUGAGCCCAAUAUAAGAGUUGAAUCGCCUCAGUCUCCCCACAGUUCGAACAAAGAUAUGGAUGAAAAUAAUUUCGAUGAUGACUUUGACGAUAUUGAGGCACAGAUAAAAGCGAACCCCAUAAAAACCAAUCAGAACCCCCCUCCCCCUGUACAAAAUCCUACUUUAAGUAAAUUAAGCAAAGAAUUAACAAUAAAACCGGUGAGACACAACUUUGCCGCCGAUAGUGAAACCAAACCGACGGAACGUACUUCUGACGCUCCUAAAAAUAUAAAAGCAGUACCAUUGCGACCUCUCAAUCAAAGACCACAAGUGAAUAAAAACGUAAUGCAGUCUAGCCAAAAAGCCUCAACAUCUAACCAAGUCAACACUGUAAAGACAGUCAAAACUUAUCAAUCUCAAACAGUAAUUGAAGAAGUGACAACAACAGUCACGAAAACUAUUAGAACUGUUAACACACAAGUAAAUAAUCCUAGUCAAACGAUAUCAAGGCCUACAAGACCUCAAAAGGUUAUAACUAAGCCACCAAAUGUUGUAAAUUCUACGCGACAGGCACCUCUAGUGGUCGGUGCAAAGAUUAGAAAUUAUUCACCAGUCAGACCAGUUAGACCUUCCAACACAUUAGUCCCUAUGCGACCUCGAUUAAAUUCACCGCAAAUGCCGUCUCCUGCUAUAAGGAAACCGGGCCCAGUUCCAAACCGGCCCCGGUUGACCCCCACUAGACCAAUGCGUCUGGCUACACCCACUGCUGCAACAGUAAAGCGACCUUCCGAAGAGACGGGUCAUUUUAGUUGCUUCAAAAAACCAAAGGAAUCACUAAUCCCCGUUCAAGAUAUUCCUAGCAUGACAAACAACGAAGAACAAUAUUCCAGUUCACAAAGUAAAAGCACGUUUUCAAAUGUCAUCAAGAUUGUGAAAGGGAAUGCUGCGAGUACAUCACAAGUGAAGACCGAGACUAUGAGGUCACAAGAAAAAUUUGCCAAAUUAAGUGGGGUUUCCGGCUUGAAAAUUGUGAAAAGUAGUACAAAAGAAGCGACGCAGGUUGAGAAGUGUGAAACGAGCAGUCCUGUUAAUAAUACAAUGGCAGCGUUGGAAAAAUUGCAACGGCAAGGCUUGCUUAUUAAGAAACCCAGAUUGGAUCUUACUGAGAAUGAAAAUUCACAUAACAGUGGGGAGGAAAACUCAGAUAAUGAUUAUUGA